AUGUCGGGUCAAGGUAACCAGGAUAGUGCUGCCGUAUCCGGGCGGGCCCAAGGGAACCAGGAGGAGUCCCAGCCAUUUAUAAUACCAAGUAACCCACAGGCUUUGGCGCAGUUUUUCACGGCCUUUCAGGAAUUUUAUAGGCAAAACAGGUCUGCAGGUCAAGUGACACCCACACAAGGGCCAGCAGCGCCAACGACAGUCGGAACAGCAGCAGCGCCUCCAACGGCAGUUGCACCAGUGAUAGCGGCGCCAGUGGCAGCAGCGCCGGCACCAUCGGCACCAAUGGCGUUCUCCCAGGACUGCAUCCCGGACACUCAACCUAAUGAGGUAGUACUCCCAGGUACCUCCGUGUCCACGGUAGCAGUGCUGAGUGCAGCCAAAGAGGCAACAGCCCGGCAAAAGAAGAACACCCGUGCUCAGUCAGCCACCUCAGGCAAGUCGAAGGGAGGCCAGAGGAAUGGCAGGAAGGGCAAGGCUAGUACGCUAGGUUCCAAUGCUGCUAACCCACAGAAGGACCCAUGUGUCCCUAGUCUCUUUCAGAUCCCACCCCCGCAAGCGGCACCAGCCGAGGGCGCAUCAGAAUCCACUUCGCACGAGGAAGCGCAAGGUCUGCAGGCGGUACAGGCGAACAGCAUACCGGAACAAGCUGCGCCGGAGGUCUUCUCUGGGAAGAGGAAGGAGAAGAGGAAACACACAUCGAAGAAGAGUAAGAAGAGUAGGCGGUCGGAAUCGGAGGAUGAUUCAGGUACCUCUUCUUCUUCUGACUCCGAUAGCGAUGUUCCUAGGGAGGAAUUUUGGGGCCAUGGGGAAGACUGUGUGGGUCUUCCUUCAUGGGCCCAUGAAAGGAGGGCCAAUUCCUACCGUAAGUCCUUUAACGGGACCCUUGAAUGGAAGGAUGGCGCACUAGUGCCGGAUGUUAAAACUUCCACUCACCUAUCUACAGAUUUCAUUGUGGGUAACCAUUUAUCUCAGAGAAAGAGGGACAAGAUCCUUAAUGGGGACUUUAUUGAUACGUUCAGAUUGUUGCCUCCUGCUAAGCUGACAGGCAAAGGAGAAAAGAGGCGCAGCCAUGGAAAACGCAGGUACAGAGCACCUAGAGUUGAACGCACUUUUGAAAAUUCGUUGGAUGGGUUCCAGGUGUUUAUGGGUGUGGUCAGCGCGGCUUGUCCGAAACGGGCGAUGCAUUUAGUCGCCUACAUGGCCCAUGUUAGGAGGGCUUGA